AUCUGUCUGAGUGAGUGCACUCAAAGAUUCCUCCUGCACCCGCAUUUCCGUCCCAGAUCCGGCGCUGCUACUACAGGUGCCGGAUUCUGACGUAAUCCACCUGGACUGGACCACGAUCGUAAUUGUAACAAGUGAACGAUGAGCAACACGGACGGAGUCGAACCGGAGUAGCUGUUGGGCUGCACCAGAUCUGCGAAAGCGUUUCGCGUGAAAAAAGGUUCCUCGUGGCGGAGGAAGCUCCGGGAGUGGAGCGGCGGGAGAGUUUGUAUGAAGCUCCUUGUGGGAGAGGUGAGCGCAAGUCUUCGAAGGUCGCCCCAAUACUGCCCAGGCGCUGAAUUAGAGAGUUGACCACUGUGCUCUUGUUAAUGAAAAUUCGGUGAUUUGAGAUCAGGGCGAAGGAGUGUAUGUUUUUUGCGUUGGGGGAGGAAAGUUGCAGACCACGAAUAUGGGCGCGUCAAAUUGUGUAUGAGCGGCUCGGAUGAGUGACGCAAAUGUAUGUAGCAAGCUCAACCUGAAUUCAUUUCUUCUCAGUGGUACAAGCUUGGUUAUAUAAAGGAUUUGACCUAGCCGGGGGGCUUGCGUCAAGAAGGGAUGCGAGAAGAGUUUUAAGAAGAGCACAUUGAGCAGCCGGAGGUUGGGAGGAUGCAGGGGGAGAGUAAGCGGCUGAUAAGCCGCGAUGUAGAGGAGGGGCGAACGACUAAGUCAGAACCGGGUAGACCACAGAAAGAGAAAUCGCGAGAAUGGCCUUCGAAGCUGAGAAUGCUACUCUUUUGCCUCAUCUUAAUUGGUUCCGCAGUUAUACUUACUGUAGUAGUAGUCUCCCUUGAUCAACGGACGGGUAUAUUGAAGACUCGAAUGUCCUAUUUCAGUGGCGACCCUCCGGCAACCUCAGCGGUUUUCGAGUCCGUGUUUCCUGUGAAGCAUGCUCUGAGCGAUGAGGAGCUUCUAUGGCGAGCUUCCAUGGUUCCACGUCGAUUGGAUAUGCCGUUUUCAGGGGAAAAAAGAAUUGCUUUCAUGUUUCUUGCCGCGGGGCCUCUGCCUCUGGCUUCGAUAUGGGAGAAAUUUUUCGAAGGCUACGAGAGGUUUUAUUCUAUCUAUAUCCAUUCACAUCCAAACCAUGUAUCAGAGUUUUCCAGCUCCUCUGUAUUCUAUGGGCGCCACGUUCCUAGCAAGCCAGUGAUUUGGGGCGAGGUAUCAAUCGUGGACGCGGAGAGACGGCUUCUAGCCAACGCCUUGUUGGACUUCUCCAACGAACGAUUCAUUCUCUUGUCGGAGAGCUGUGUGCCGCUCUGGAAUUUUACUUUUUUCUACGAUUACAUAAUGAGGUCAAAUAAGAGUUUCAUUGCUGCAUUUGACGACCCUUCGCCCUACGGUCGAGGCAGAUACAAUCCUGGCAUGGCGCCAGAGAUUACUAUUGAUCAAUUCCGCAAAGGAGGUCAAUGGUUCGAGAUUAAGCGGGAGCUUGCAGUGGAGGUGGUCGCAGAUGUGAAAUACUAUCCGAAGUUUCGGAAUUUCUGUGUGCCACAUUGCUAUAUCGAUGAGCAUUACAUUCAGACGAUGUUAUCUAUUACAAACGGUGACAAACUUGCGGGUAGAGGUCUGACCUACACCGACUGGUCACGAGGAGGCUCCCACCCUGCUACUUUUGUUUAUAGAGACAUUACAGAUGAGUUCUUUGAACGGUUGCGGAAUGAUCGAUCUUGUGAGUACAACGGCAAGCCAGGACACGUGUGCUGGUUAGUUGCUAGGAAAUUUUCCCGUGAUACGGUGAGGCCUAUUUUAGACCAUUCUUUCUAUUCUUAAAUUAACUCCACGCUUUCAAACUCCUAA